CGACUUUACUUUCGCUUCAAGUGUUCUUUCAACUUAAUUGCUUCAACUCUUCCUCGCCUCUCUUCUCCCAGAAGCAACCCAUUUCCCAUUUUCUGUAGAAUUCAUGGGAACUGAACAACAACCAUCUGCAAUGAUUGGCAAGAAGCCACAUUUAUCAUUAGCUCAUGUCUUUCAAUUUGUCUUCUUUGUGAUUGGUUUGUCCAUUGGAAUCACAGCUAGUUUGUAUAUCAAAAGCUUCUCCUCAUAUUUUCGCGCAAUCCCGUCGUCUCUCCCACGAUCAUCACCAAUCUUGCUACAGAUUGCACAACCAUCAUCGCCCCUUCCUUCCUUACCGCCAGAACUGCAACUGUCGCCGCCGCCGCCGCCGCCACCGGCAGCAUUCAUGCACAACAUGGAUGAUGGCGAGUUGUUCCGGCGGGCAUCAACGGUUCCAAGGAUUAGAGAGUUCUCAGUUGAUUAUGUCCCAAAAGUUGCUUUCAUGUUCUUGACAAAAGGAGCUAUACCUUUGGCACCAGUGUGGGAGAAGUUCUUUCGAGGCCAUGAAGGGCGUUACACCAUUUAUGUUCACUCUCAUCCCCUAUACAAUCACUCUUUCCCUCUUAAUUCUACUUUCUAUGGAAGAAGAAUUCCAAGCCAGGCGGUGGAAUGGGGAAGAUCGACUAUGAUUGACGCAGAGAGGCGGCUGUUAGCGAAUGCAGUCCUAGAUUUGUCAAACGAGAGAUUUAUUUUACUCUCAGAAACUUGCAUUCCUCUUUUCAACUUCACAACCAUAUACAACUACCUCGUCGACGCCAACCAGAGCUUUGUAGGCUCCUACGACGACCCAAGGAAAGUUGGGCGUGGCAGAUACAAUCCUAAAAUGUCGCCGACAAUUUCUAUAGCAAACUGGCGCAAAGGCUCCCAAUGGUUUGAAGUGAAUCGCAAGGUAGCCAUUCACAUCGUUUCAGACAAAAAGUAUUACCCUGUAUUCAGCCAGCACUGUGGCCCUCCAUGUUACAUGGACGAGCACUAUAUUCCCACGCUUGUCAACAUUGUUUGCCCGACAGAGAACUCAAACAGGAGCAUCACAUGGGUUGAUUGGUCGAAGAGCGGUCCGCACCCAGGAAGAUUUGUGAGGCAAGAUGUUACUUCUGAAUUCCUUAAUCGAAUAAGGUUUGGUAGGAACUGUAGUUAUAAUGGCAACACUGUUUCCUCUAUAUGCUUUUUGUUUGGGAGGAAGUUCAUGUCAAACACUUUGCAACCCUUGUUGCAGAUCGCACCAGUUUUGCUGGAUUUCAGUGCUUAAUAUAUAUAU